GUUGCGCGCUAACGCCAUCUCUCGGCUGAUGUUUGGAGCUAUGGAGACGUCCCUUCCUCGACGAGUGACACUGUUUGUGCCAAGAUAAAACCAGUGUGCCAAACGUCCUACCAUGCGUGAUAAACUAUUCUAGUGUACAAUCGCUACCUCUGAGCGUGGUCAACAAUCGCCCAGGAAAAGUGCCGCUGUCUAUUCUCGCCUAAGCCACCCUAUCCCUGAACAUGGCUAUCCGAUUUGCUCUGGUUUAAGGAAAAUACGAGCGGGGCAUGGUUAUUGCUCCUCACCCCCCAGACUGGCUGCCAGGAAGGUGAUGAGUGUUGGCACGGGAACGAGGCAGCCCUCUGGGUGCCCCUAUGCGAGUCCCUGGGCACCACUGUAGAGCACGUCAUGGGGGUGGGUGCAUCAUCGCCAGACCCUCCCCAGGUUCCUUCGGACAUGGGGCGCAAGAAAAGGGCUCCGCUGCUGACACUGCGCAAGCGGCUGGCACGUCGCCGGUGGAGAGCCAGCAAGGGCUUUGACCAUGCACAAGUGUUCAACGAUUUCCUCAACUCGGCCGGCUGGACUGUGCGAGAGGUGGCAGCCCUGGUGCACGAUUAUGAAGCCACUGGCGCCCUGCGAGAGCUCACGGCACACGCCGAUGCUGCACGACCUCCCGCGCGCUCCUGUCGAGCCGACCUUGGCCGCUUGCUGGAAUCCCGGCUGUGCACAGACGUGACUCUGGCCUACCGGGGCACUGCCUUUCCGGCCCACCGGGCACUGCUGUCGGCACGGUGCCCAUUUUUUAGGGACCUGCUGUCGGAAGGAGCACGACAACAAAUGAUGGUGUUGGAGAUGGACAUUCCAGGUGUUGGAGUGGAGCUGUUUGGGGAUCUGCUGCGAUACCUGUACACAGGCGAGCUCAGCGUGGCCGGGGAAGCCGGCAGCAGUGCAGCCCUCUCAACACUGCUGCGGCUGAGUGAACAGUUUGGAGUGCCUAACCCGCUGGCACACGACCUGCGGAGGAUGCUUGAAGGUGGACACCUGGUGGAUGCCAGCUUGGUGUGGGAGGUGCCAGGCAGUGUGGAGCAAGAGUUUCCCUGCCACAGGGUGGUGUUGGCCGCACGGUGCCCCUUCUUUCGCGGUGUUAUCCAGCGACGGACCACUGCUGGUGGUGAAGGGGGUCGCAUGCGCAUUGUCCUCGACGGUACCGUGGUUCCCUUGCGGUACGCUCGCAUCCUGCUCUGGGCUUUGUACCAGGACACAGUAGACUUGUCCGUGUUGAGUGGAUCGCUGGCUGAGGAGCUGAUGGAACUCUACCAGGUGGCUCGGCUCAUUGAGGUGGACUCUUUGGCUCAGGCAUGUGAGGAUGCCCUGGUGGAACUGUUGGGUCCAGACACUCUGUGCGGAGUGUUGCAGUGGAGUGAGCAGCCACAUGGAUCACCUUGGGUCCACCGGCAGGCCAUGGCCUUCCUGGCUGAGGAAUUCUCGGCACUGGCAGCCACUCCGCUGCUCUUCCAGCUCACAAAGGGACAACUGCUUGCCCUACUGCAGUCAAACUUUCUGCAGGCGAGUGAGCUGGAGGUCUUGGUGGCUGUGCUCAAGUGGGGGGAGCAGCAGUUGCUCAAGAGGAUGGAAGAAAGAGAGCCGAACAUUGUGAGCCAGACGACACACAGUGUUGCCAGGCGUGGUGCCCGCAGUCGGCGGGACCUCCUUAGCGACAAUGAACUGCGGGACCUGCUCUCCGAGCUGCUGUGCCAUGUGCGGACGGCACACGUGCUUCCCCCAGGUGCGGAAGCCUUGCUGUCAGCGCAGCGGCGGGGCCUUUUUCCUCGCCCACCGCCGUGCAUGCUGGGAGGGGAGGAGGCACCCCCUUCCAGAGGAGCUGCGGCCUCUUGGUUGACUGGCCCUCGGCCUCGCCUCUUCACCCCUUACGUGGAAGAAGCCAAGGCCUGGCUGGAGGAGCAGCUCUCCCAGGAGCAAGUUGGGACCUGUGUCACCAAGCCCCCCCACCUGUCACACAUUCCAGACACUCUGUACAUGGUCGACAAAGGAGCUACAUUCCGAGAGGCGUGCGUGCCACACGGACCUGCACCGGCUGUGCGCCUACCUGACCCUUCACUGCCAGUGCUAAGUGAAGAGCUGCUGCGCCAGAUGCGGCAGCGGAUGCAGGAGUUGCGGCACGGUGCGGCGCGCGCCUACUCGCUGGGGGCCAAUCGGUGCGCCAUCAGCCACCAGCUGCAGCUGCGUGUGGUGCGUGAGGCAGGGCUUCCCGAUCAGGCGGCUUCCCUGCUGCCUUUGAACGACGACUGGCUCUCGGCCGCAUCGCAAGACCCCCUGGACUUGAUGGUGGCGAGGCCUGCUCGAGCUCCACCAAACCCCAUCUUGGUCCCGCCUUCGCGAGCCCUGCCUCGACGAUUGGCCCCCCCUUCAGACCUCAGGCUUCACAGGCAGCCACACCUGGGAAGGCGGGCGCUGCGAUUAGCUGAGCUGCAAAGCGACAACCUCAGCAAGAUGAUCCCAGACAUUGCCAUGGCAACGGCGACCCUCGAGCACUUGGACCUGGCAGAGUCCGACAAGGACGAGUAUGGCUGCGAGGUCGGCGACUUAUCGCCCGUCCAUAUGCUUGUCUGACCACGGCCACAACGGCGGCACGUCAGCCUUCAGCGGCUUGUGCAGCCUUGUGAGCAACGAUCGUCAUCUAAUGUGUUCAAUGCUGUGUUGGCCCGUGCCGCACAGUCCCGUGACGACAGCUUUGAGGGGGAACUGGCGACGUCGUUGUGGCAUGUCAGGGACAGCUUUUCUUCACUGGGACGUCGUCCAGUGCAGAGACUGUGGUACGCCUCUGGUGACCCCAAGAGACACUGACUUGGUUCUUUUAUGUUUGUUAUUGCUCUGCUAUUUAUUUAUGAUUCAGUCUUCCAUUGCUCUUUGGAUGCAGUGUCAGUGGGCACCCCCUGUUGGUUCGCAGUCUUUGUUCGUCUUUGUAAGCAAUGCUGGCACACAAGUGGAAGGAAAAAGUGAGUCAACUGUCUAUUUGGGCUCAAGCUUGGGAUUUCGAAUACAAGCUGUACAAACUUAUUUUAGGGCUGUCAUCUUUAGAACCAUUUCUUUGAUAUGCGAGAUUAUUUAACAUGUAUGCCUUUGAAUACAGCAAGCUGCAUAGCAACAGGAUUAGUCAUGAAAUUCGUGCAUUCAGUGCAACUGUGUUAAUACUUGUAAGAUUGAAAUUGCUUUCCAAGAGCUUACUGCAGGAUCUGUAAGUGCCUAGAUUUUUUUAGGCAUAUUUAUUUUGAUAUUUUGUAAAUGUAUUUUAAACCAGUUUCUUUUAAUUGCAAUAUUUUUUUUAUUACGUAAAAAUGAGGUACCUAGAAAAUCUGGUUGUCAAAUUGAGAGCUCAGAUUUAUUACAGCCUAGCCGCAUUAUUGAACACAAAAGUACUCUCACUAUAUUUGACAGCGAUGUCUACAAGAAUAGCCCUAAUCAGGCCCAUGUGUGAACACAUGUCCUCUUCUAGAUGCCUGUUGGUAACAUGUCGAUACGUUUUAUGGUAACAAUAAUAAAUUAUGUUGAUGUGUUUUGUACCAUCACUAAUGGACCACUUGGAACACUGGCUGCUGCCAGGCCAGUGUUUGUAUUUCUUACUCGAGAGAAACCACCAACGUCUUAGUAGCCACCUCAAUACUCUUUGAUUAAAGCUGCAUUGCAUGGUAGUUGAAAUAUGGCAGCUGAGGUUUGUUCAAGGCUGCUGUUUGUACAGCAUUCUGCAUGUACUGUGCAAUAUUCUAAAAUUCAGUGGCCUUUAUACGCUUACUUUUUGGCUGUGCCACUUCAAGUACACUCAAACCUCAUUAUUACGAAUUUGCAUCUUACAUGAAAAUAAGUUCGCUAUAUUCGAAAAUUCUUUAUAAAUGAUCUUAACACCUCAUCUAUUGCAAAACCCUUUUUCAUUUACUUUGUUUACUUUGUUAUAAACAAUAUUUCGUUAUAUCCGGCUUCAUUGUAUCAUAGUUUGACUGUAAUUGCACAACUUUGAAAAAAGUCACAGUUUGGCCACUAGGGUGAAGCAAUUAUUGCAGCAGGUGCAAGAUGGAUACGAGGUAAGGCUUCCUCUUCUGGCCUGGUCAACAAAAAGUGCGGCUGUUACAGUGCAAGGCAGCUGUGCGUCAUGCUCUCAGAUGGGAGCCAAUCUCACUCGAGAUGCAGCCGUACCCAUAUGAUUGAAAUGCACAGUUUCUACAGGAAGCAACGCAGCCCCCCUUCGUGCUUUUUUGUCCAAAGGUCGGUGUGUUUCAUCUCUACUUCAUCCUUAUCAUGUGCUUUCACUUGCGCAUAGGACAUAAUGUUAUUGAUUUGGUUUUCAUACAGAUCAUGAUGACAAACGUAGAAAUGUGCCUCGACUGUCCACAUCAUUGUAUUGCAAUAAUAUCAAGCCGUGGCUGUAAUGGACCUUUGUGCUGCCAGAGCACACAUUUUCAGCGACAUUUAAGCAUGCGUUGCAAUAACCAAUAUUGUGCUUGAUCCAAAAUUUUCAGUUUUGCUAUGGCAGGACUUCAUUUCAUGGACAGUAUGACCAGCCAUGUGUCUAGCUUACUAUAUCAUAUCAUAUAAUUUGUUACAUCUCAUUAUAUGCCCAUGUGUGGCAAUGGAAAAAUUAUUUUGCUCAACUGCCAGUGUGCUUUAACAGAACAAACUGCUGAGCUAGUUGGUUGUCCAUGAACAUUAGAAGAGUAAAGCACAAACACGACAACAGUUUGCAUUGGCUUGACUAGUGUGGUCAUUUUGGUGCCACUAAGCCAAUGUUUUAGGAGAUAUAUUGUAUGCUUUGGUCUUAAAAUUGUAGCAUAUUUAUUUAUGCUUUUCACUGUUUAAUGAAAUUGCACACGAAAAUUUCAAAGGAACUGGCGUAACACAAUUAUGAUCCUGCAAUCAUUUCAUCAAAACAUAGGUCACGGUCACAAACCUAUGCUUCACUUUUUUCUGUAUCAUAUCACCUUUCUGCAGUUUGGGAAAUGUAGCACUUCAAUGUAAGCCCUGAAACAUGCUGACAGAGUUUGCAGAUUUGUGAUGUAGGUUUCGGGUACCACUGUGAACUUGAGAAUGCAAUUUUUUUUCUAACCAAUUGUCACCUAUCUUUGUUAGAUUACAGGCCCUAAAUUAUAUUUCAAGUGGUGAAUGUUCCAUCUCAUUAUCUCAAUCACUAUAAAUUUUAUUCACACAGUAUGUUUAAUGUCAGCCUAAUCGGAGUGCACAUCUCAUGAUCAGGAGACCAGAUAUCUCCUCAAGCAAGAAGAUUGAAAGGCUCAACUAAUUAAAAAACUGAACGUAGCAGAGUGUAGCAUAAAAUAAAAUAUUCCUUUUUUUACAAUAAUUUCUGCAGGAUGUGUGAGCGUAACUACCUUGUUUUAAAGGUACCAUGAAAUAUUUAUUCUACUUAUUUAUCCUCCAAACUGAGAGGGCCCAGCUGACUAUACACACAUACUAAUACGUAUUUGACUGGAAAUUCGAAUUUGAAAUCACUGUCUUGAAACUUCUCCUACCAACACAUCAUGGCAUGAACAUUAGGCAAUGAGGGUUACUGACUUUGCCUUGAAAUAAUGCAAUAAAUGCGUUGGUUUUGAUGAUGUCAUGCCCAACAGCACAGAAAAUGGGUGGCUGUUUUCUCGUGUCUUCAAUAUUGUUAUUAGAAUGAUGAAAAGGUACUACUCAGACACACAUGAAAAAAUAUGAUGUAUGCCCAACUCUUGUAAUCACAUCCUGUUUUUACAGUGUAAAGAAGCAUGGCCCUUGAGAUUGGGUUCUGUUACUGGAGUGAAUUAUCAUUGUGAAGAUCAUUUUGUCAUCCAUCUGGGUUAGCUUGCUGCUGUAUGAUUGUAUUGCGACAGUGAAAAAUUAAAACAAAUUUUUGUGUUUUUAUCUAUUGCACUGAAAUACGGUCGGCUUGGUGUGAGGUGUGAACAUUUUAUUAAGCAAUGCAUAAUCAAUGCUCUAAACUUUGAUGGCAUGGCCUCUUUAAUCGACACAUUGUGUUGGCACUUCUUAAAUGGAACAACUGCCUGUAAUAUGAUUGGUUUUGUACCUGACUACUGCAACUUUAUUUGUGUCUUCAUAAGUGGAACCUGCGUUAAAUGGAACAUAUAUUUUUUGGUCCUGUCAAGAGCCAUUAAAUGAGAGUCCAGU